GUCUACAGGCCCAACCUCUGCCUCAUGGGGGCUUCUCCAGGCCCACCUCUUCCUCUUGGCUGGGUCUACAGGCACAGCUGCUGCCUCACAACAGCCUUUUUUGGCCCAGUUCCUGUCCAGCUCAUGGCGGCCAAUGUAGGCCCAAAACUUCCUCAAGUCAAACUCUCCAGGCCCACCUUCUGCUUCCCGGUGGCAUGAACAGGCCCAGCUUUGACUUGAGAACAGCCUCUGCAGGCCCUGCUCUUGCCCCCCAGGAGCUUUUUCCAGGCCCAGCUCUUGCCUCAUGGCAGCUGCCCCAGGCCAAAUUUCUGCCUGCCUGCCAGCAGCCUCAACAGGCACAGCUCCUCCCUCACAGUGGCCCAUUUAGGCCCAAGUCAUGACUGUCGGGCCAUUUCCAGGCCUAGUGCCUGCCUCGUGGCUGACUCUUGAAGCCCAAAACUUCCUCAAAUCAGCCUUUUGCCCAACUUCUGUCUACUGUCGGACUCUACAGGCCAGCCUCUGCCUCACAGUGGACCCUCCAGACCCAGAUGGUGUCUCACUGUGGCAUCCUCAGGCGAAGCUCCUGCCUUUCGGCAGCCUCUCCAGGCCCAGCUCCUCCUGCCUCCCAGCGGCCUCUUUCGGCCCAGCCCAGCUCAUGCCUCCUGGCGGCCUUCCCAAGCCCCGCUUUUGACUUUCGGUGGCCUCUGCAGGCCUCGACAAGGCCCAGCCUCCUGCCUCCCGAAGGCCUGCACAGGCCCAGCCUCUGCCUCACAGCGGACUCUCCACGCCCAGCUAGCUGUCGCCUCACUGCGGCCUCCCGAGUCCAAAGCUCCUGCCUCUCGGCCGCUUCGACAGGCCCAGCUCCCGCCUGCCAGUGGCCUCUUCAGGCCCAUGGGGCUCAUUCCUCACAACGGCCUUUCCAGGCCCAGUUUUUCCCUUCCGGCGGCCUCUCCGGGCCCAGAACCUCCUCCCGGCGACCGCCGCAGGCCCAAGUUGUCCUGGAGUCGGCCUCUCCCGGCCCUGCCUCCCAGCAAGUAAGCAAGCUCUUUUGGCUCAACUCCUGCCCAGCUCCCAACCGCCUUUGUAGGCCCCGAACUUUCUCCAGCCAAGCUCUGAGGGCCCACCUCCUGCCUCCUGGUGGCCUGUACAGGCCCAGCACUGGUUGGAGAACAGCCUCUGCAGGCCCCGCCCUUGCCUCCCAGGGGCCUCUCCAGGGGCCCUGGAGCUCCCUCGUGGGAGCCAGCUCUUGCUCCCACGGCGGCCUCUGGGGGCCAAGUCCCUGCCUGCCUCCCAGCAGCCCCCGUGCAGCCCAGCUCCUCCCUCACGGUGGCCUGUUGAUGCCCAACUCAUGCCUCUGGCACCCUGCCCAGAGGCGUGAGCCCCUGCCUCACACCGGCCCCUCCCACGUGGAGAGAGGUCAGCGUGAGCCCCUUGCCUCACACCGGCCCCUCCCACGCGGACAGAGGUCAGCGUGAGCCCCUUGCCUCACACUGGCCCCUCCCACGCUGAGAGAGGUCAGCGGGAGCCCCUGCCUCAACAGGCCACCGUGAGGGAGGAGCAGGGUCGCACGCGGGCUGCUGGGAGGUAGGCAGGGACUUGGGCCCGGGAGGUCGCGGUGGGGCGAGAGCUGGGCCUGGAGACUCCCCUGGGAGGCAACAGCGGGGUCUGCAGACGCCCUUCUCCAGCCGGAGCUGGGACUGUUCAGUCACUGGGAGAAGGGAUGUGGGUCUGAAGAGCUUGGUUGCAGAAACUUCGGGGUCUACAAACGCAGGCGGGAGCUGAGCCAAAAGAGCUUGUUUGCUGGGAGGUGGGAGAUGCAGCCAGGAGGAACAGCUGGGCCAUGUGGGAGGCAGAGGCCAGGCCUCCUCAAGUUGGCCUCUCAGACCCACUUGCAGCCUCCCGGCGUCCUCUCCGGGCCCAGCUCUUCCUCCCGGCUGCAUCUCCGGGCCGGACUCUGGGCCGACUCCAGGUCCCAACAACGUCUUUGGACUCAGCUCCUGCCCAGCUCCCAGCGGCCCUGGUAGGCCCACAACUUCCCUAAGCCAAGCUCCCCAGGCCCAGCUCAGGCCUCACGGUGGCCUCUCCAGGCUCAGCUCCUGCCCUCCGAUGGCAUCUGCAGGCCCCAAACGGCCUCCGGUUGGUGGGCUCCUCUAGGCCCAGCUUGGGCCUCCCGGCGGCCUCUGCAGGCCCAAGUCGUCCUCAAGUCGGCCUGGAAGAGCAGCAAGUCAGCCUCCCCGGGCCCAGCUCCGUCCUCUCGGCGGCCUCUCCAGGUGCAAAACUUCCUCGAGUCAGCCUCUCCAGGCCCAGCUCCUCCUGCCUCCCAGUGGCCUCUUUCGGCCCAGCCCAGCUCAUGGCUCUUGGCGGCCUUCCCAGGCCCCGCUUUUGACUUUUGGCAGCCUCUGCAGGCGCAGAACUUGAUCUCCAGUCGGCCUUUGCAGGCCCGGCCUCCUGCCUCUCGAAGGCCUGCACGGGCCCAGCCUCGGCCUCAGCCUCACAGCAGACUCUCCACGCCCAGCUAGCUCUCGCCUCACUGCGGCCUCCCCAGUCCAAAGCUCCUGCCUUUCGGCCACUUCGGCAGGUCCAGCUACUGCCUGCCAGUGGCCACUUUAGGCCCAGCUCAUUCCUCACAACGGCCUUUCCAGGCCCCGUUUUUCCCUUCUGGCAGCCUCUUGGCCUCUAAUUUGUUUAUCUUUUGUGUAUAAAUCCCAAAAUAUUGAAUUUUGGAAUAUUUCCACCAUUAUAUAUUUUGGUAGGUAAUUUAUUUGGAGUGAGUUUCUGCA